AUGGGGCUUUUGCAGUUGCCCGUACUUUACUUUUUGGGCCAAAGCCCAUACUAUUCUGAAAGAAUCUCCAUCAGAAAAAGUUCCAACAGUCCUUCACUUCAACCUGAGAUCGGACCUGAUGGUCACCCUAGAGAAGCUCCCGUCAUUAGCUACACCGAGAAGCUCAUAGAGGCCGAGCAACUUCAAUUGAAGAAGUACAUUGAAGAGAACUAUUCUAAAAGUCGUGAUGUGGAGCGUGAGCUUGCAAAUCUUACAUUGCAGGUGAAGCUUACUGCUGGGUCAAAGAAAGCAGCAUUUGAACUUUUGAGAAAGAAAAUAGAGGCAUCAACAGAGAGAAUUCGUGUGGCCAAGAUAAAGGAAGAACAGGCACGGAUGGCAGGUCACUUCUACUAUUUGCUUAACUCAUGUACUGCAAUUUUCAGAUAACAAUAUCCGGGUGGAUGCAGGUACUGAUUAUUAGCAUUUCAUUGUACAAUUAUCUACGUACUGUACAAUUUAAGAUCUUCUGAUCACAACAAGUUCAAAAAUGGUGAUAAAGUAUAUAAUGAAGGGAAAAUAUAUUAAUAGCAAACUUGCAAGUUAGAUGUAAACUGCUUGAUAGAUAUGCAUAAAAUGAGUUCAUGUUAUAUUUGAUAUGACGGAUGUAUCCUGUUGUGCACUUUCACCAAUAAGCAGAGUGUUAAAGUGAUCUAUUGGGAUAUGUUAUUGCUCAAUAACAUGGUUGGUCUCAUAAAUUGAGAGAACCUCUUUUUCACUUUCACUAAAAUUUGUAGAUUCAUAGUGAAAACUCACUUAAUCAUGGUAAUGAAUAGAAACUUUUAUAUGUUUCAUUUGUAUGUUAUUCUUUUUUCUCCAUGCUUGCGCAAUGAUGUUGCUCGCCUGUAUUGUUCAAGAAAUUUUAUUAUUGAACCAUGAUUUUCUCUAGAAAAUAAGCUUAGCACCACAUUUAUUUUCAUAGAUUGGUUCAUCAUUACCUUUAACUUGGCUCUUCAUGUAAAGAAUUGCUUCUCUUAUAUUUGGAUGAUAAAAUCGAACACAUAAUUCCACUGUAAUGUUCUUUCAGCAUAGAUAUAUAUAUAUAUAUAGAUCUCAAAUUUGGGGAUUGAAUGUGGGAGCUUUUAUCUCCCAAAAUUUCAAUGAGCAUCAUCAAUUCGUUGCCAAAUAUAGUGCAUGCCUUGAUUGCUUGUGCCGCGGGUUGGGGAAUCAGCAUCAAAAGUUGUGGGGGAUGAAGAGCAAACAAAAGAAAAGUUAUGUGAAGACUUGAGCAAUCUGGUAAGUUGAUCGUCAACGAUGGGAUAAUGUGCUACUUUUGACAGGCCAUUUGGUACUAAAUGUCGUUUGUUGGUCCAAGAGAGUGGUAAUUCUCAGCUUUCUAGGCUGGAGGAAUUAAAAAGACGACUGGAAGCUAUGAAUUCAAGCCAAGCAUAAACAACUGUUCAUCAUGAUGGGAGAUCAGCAAGUUCUUCUCAGGAUAGUACAACACAAUGUGCUUCCUCUGUUCCCAACACAAGGGAUCCAAGCGGGGAAUUUGCUGAGAAUGCUUCCAACCAAAGAAACGAUGAUAAAGUUUUGGUGACAAAUGGACAUAAUCCAUAGCCUCCUAACAAGGGAGAAGGAACAAAUAAAAAGAGGGUCAACGUCCAAUUACAAGGAAAAGGAAUUGGUGCAAUCCCUAAGGGUAGAUCUUCGGGUCCUGGUUGGACUGGUGCUGGCUUUGAUGUGGAUGGCAGAAAUUGAGAAUACUAGUAUACUAGUAUUACUUUAUGUCACUGCAAUAACAAUUUAAGAUGAGAAGUUAUGACUUUCCUGUACAGGGGGCAUUCCUCACUCUCUCUUUUCCUAGUAUUUAUCCGUUAACCAGGAGAUCUUUUCUAUCCCCACUUGUACUCUUUCCUGGACAGCCUGUUGAUAGAGAAGUUUGUGAGUACUGACCUUCCGGACCGCUGUUUGCUAGCACAAAGUUUUGCAGCACCUCUAGACUUACUUUCAAGUAGAAUUAAUGUACAUUGGGCCCGUAUCAGAAUGUUAUGACUUAUAAUUUUAUUUUAUUUAUAGUUGAAAAAGAACACAACUUCUGUGUGAUGAAACUUAUUUCUAAAGGUGCUUCUUUUUGUAUU